GAUCGGAAACAGACAGGAGCCGCUUGAUCAUGUUGAACAUUUUCGGCCAUCGCCACCAGCCCACCAGCCAGCCGAGCUCUUCCGAGAUCCCAACUCUCACGGCAAAUCGGCGACGACCAUGAGAGAGUAGAGAAGCCAUCCGAUCCAAUUCUCUCGAAACGCUUGUUCAGCUUGCUUCGUCUUCAGGAGUAACGAAGGAAUUGGAGCCAAAAUGGACAUCUUGAUCGCCCAGAUCCAGGCGGAUUUGCGGUCGAACGACGCGCUGCGUCAGUCGGGGGCGCUCCUUCAGGCAUUGCAGCAGUCCGCUGCCGGGAGGGAUGUCUCCGCCGUCGCCCGGUCCACCUGCGAGGAGAUCCUCGCCUCCCCUGCCUCCGCUGUUUCUAAAAAGCUCGCCUUUGACCUCAUCCGCUCCACCCGACUCACCCCCGACCUGUGGGACAUCGUCUGCUCCGCCGUCCGCUCCGAUCUCGACUUUCCUGAUCCUGAAGUCGCCGCGGCCGCUGUAUCCAUCCUCUCCGCCCUCCCCUCCCACCGUCUUCCGCGCGUCGUCGCCGACGCCCACCGCGAGAUCGCCGCCUGCUUCGACUCCCCAAGCGACACGCUCCGCUUCGCUGCCACCGAGACUCUCGGUUGCAUCCUCGCUCGCGACGACGUCGUCCUUCUCUGCCACACUUCCCCAGGCCUCCUCGACCGUGCGUCCGCCUGGUGGGUCCGCAUCGCCGAGGGUACGCUCGACCGAUCCGAUGCCGUCUCCCGCGCAGCCUUCGAGGCCAUCGGCCGCCUGUUUCAGGAAUUCGACACAAAGCGCAUGAGUCGCCUCGCCGGGGACAAACUCAUUGACGGCGAGAACUCCCUCGCCAUCCGCUCCAACUGGGUUUUUGCUGCCAUUGACAUUGUCUGGAAAAAGCGCAACGCCCUCAUCACGCGCUCACUCGUCCUCCCCAUCGAAAGUUUUCGCGCCAGUGUAUUCCCGCUAGUCUAUGCGGCCAAGGCCGUGGCGUCUGGUUCUGUUGAGGUUCUGCGGAAACUCUCCCGGCCAGGAGGGAGAAGCAACAGUGGGAGCGCAACUAGCACUGCAGAUUCCGCGUCUAGUGCUGAGAAACACGUCGGGGUUUCAGAUGUAGUCUCUCAUCUUUUGCCAUUCUUGAGCUCGUUGGACCCCGCGCUGAUCUUUGAAGUCGGAAUCAAUAUGCUCUCCCUGGCUGAUGUUCCGGGAGGUAAGCCGGAAUGGGCUUCAGCUUCCAUCAUCGCUAUACUGACUCUUUGGGAUAGGCAGGAGUUCUCUUCUGCUAGAGAAAGCAUUGUGAGAGCUGUUGUCACAAAUCUCCAUCUAAUUGAUCUUAGCAUGCAGGUUUCACUAUUUAAGAGGCUGCUUCUGAUGGUAAGAAACUUGAGGGCAGAAUCAGAUCGUAUGCAUGCUUUGGCAUGCAUUAGCCGUACAGCACUUUGUGUUGAUCUUUUUGCAAAAGAAAGUGUGCGAAGGGGACAGAAACCUCUCCCAGGAACAGACAUUACCUCACUUUUUGAGGAUGCAAGGAUAAAGGAGGAUUUGAACAGUGUGACUAGUAAAAGCCUGUUCAGGGAGGAAUUAGUCGCUUCACUUGUGGAAAGUUGCUUUCAAUUAUCUCUUCCGCUGCCAGAGCAGAAGAAUUCUGGAACAGAGGGUAGAGUUAUUGGUGCUUUAGCCUAUGGAACUGGUUAUGGUGCACUGAAUUGGACAGAGUCAGCCUUGGAAGUUGUGGAAGUGUGUAGGCCAUGUGUUCUAUGGGAUUGUGAUGGACGGACUUAUGCCAUAGACUGUUACUUGAAAUUGCUUGUAAGGUUAUGCCACAUCUACGAUACAAGAGGAGGAGUGAAAAGGAUCAAGGAUGGUGCUUCCCAGGAGCAGAUUUUGUAUGAGACUAGAUUACGCAACUUGCAACUGCAACUCAUUAAGGAUCUUCGAGAGGUACAUACACCAAGAAUAUCUUCUCGAUUGAUCUGGGCCAUUGCCGAACAUUUUGAUAUGGAGGGUCUCGAUCCACUUCUAGCUGAUGACCCAGAAGAUCCAUUGAACAUAAUUAUAUCCAAUAUACACAAUGUAUUGUUCAACACUGAUUCAUCUGCAACUACGUCAAACAAGCUUCAAGAUGUACAAGCUGUCCUUAUUUGCGCUCAACGUCUAGGUGUGAGGAAUGCCAGAGCAGGCCAUCUGUUGAUCAAAGAACUUGAAGAUUUUAAAGGUAGCACCUUAGCUGACUCUGUAAACAAGCAUCAAAGCCGCUAUAUAUUGCAGAUAUUAAAGUUUGUUUCUACUCGACCAGAAAGUAGAUGGGUAGGCCUAAGUGAGACUACAGGAGAUUAUCCUUUUAGCCAUCAUAAGCUCACGGUUCAGUUUUUUGAGGCAUCCGCUGCACAAGAUAGAAAAUUGGAGGGCUUGGUUCAUAAGGCCAUUCAAGAGCUUUGGAGGCCUGAUCCCAGUGAGUUGAACCUUUUGUUAACCAAAGACAUUGACUCUACUAUUCAUAAAGUACCUCCAAAAGCCUUCACUCUUACUGGCAGCAGUGACCCUUGCUAUGUUGAAGCAUAUCACAUAGCGGAUCCAAUGGAUGGGAGGAUCACCUUGCACUUGAAGAUUUUAAACUUGACUGAACUAGAGCUUAAUAGGGUAGAUAUCCGGGUUGGCCAAACUGGAGCAUUGCACUUUAUGGAUGGAUCACUUCAAGCAGUUCGACAGCUAAGAAAUCUGGUCUCACAGGAUCCAGUUCUUAGCAGUGUGACUACUGGAGUUUCACACUUUGAGAGAUGUGCCCUUUGGGUUCAAGUUUUGUAUUACCCUUUUUAUGGAAGUGGCAUUUCUGGAGAUUAUGAAGGAAACUAUGCGGAAGACGAUUCUCAAAUUAUCCGACAAAAGCAAUACUUGAAACCAGAACUUGGGGAGCCAGUGAUUUUAAGGUGCCAGCCUUACAAGAUUCCACUAACUGAGCUUCUUUUGCCACAUAAAUGUUCACCUGUCGAAUAUUUCCGCUCAUGGCCAAGUUUACCAGCUAUAUUGGAGUAUACAGGGGCAUAUACUUAUGAAGGAAGUGGUUUCAAAGCCACUGCUGCACAGCAGUAUGAGGCUUCCCCAUUUCUUAGUGGACUCAAAUCACUUUCGUCUAAGCCUUUCCAUCAAGUCUGCUCUCACUUCAUCCGAACAGUGGCUGGUUUUCAAUUGUGCUAUGCUGCAAAAACUUGGUAUGGUGGUUUUGUGGGCAUGAUGAUCUUCGGCGCCAGUGAGGUGAGUAGAAAUGUAGAUCUGGGAGAUGAGACAACAACAAUGAUGUGUAAGUUUGUCAUCCGUGCAUCCGAUUCAUCGAUCACAAAGGAAAUAGGAUCGGACCUACAAGGCUGGUUAGAUGACAUCACUGACGGUGGCGUGGAGUACAUGCCGGAAGAAGAGGUUAAGAUCGCAGCAGCUGAGAGGUUAAGAAUCUCCAUGGAAAAGAUAGCCUUAUUCAAAGCAUCCAAACCGCCACCACAGCCGCCAAAGGAAAAGGUGGAAGAGGAAGAGAAAGAGAAAGGCGAAAAGAAAGACGACGACGAUGAUACAAAAGAACCUUCGACAUUGUCAGAAUUAACUGCAGAGGAAGUUGAACAUCGUGCUCUUCAGUCAGCCGUCCUACAAGAGUGGCAUAUGCUAUGCAAAGAAAAGGCCAUCAAAGUACAAUGAGCUUGGAUUUUUCCUCUUGCACAUUUUUGUGUUCUCAUUUUACCGUCUAGUGUAGCGUUGAUCGAUUGCAGAAUUUCCUUGCUGUGUUGUAGUGUACGCCUCGAUUCCAUCGUUCUUGUUGAUAUUUUUGUUUGCCAAUAUGUUGAACACUUCCCAUAUAACCAAAUGCGUAUUUUGUGCUCCUA